ACCAGUUGGAAAACCGUAUAAAAGGGUGAAGCCAACCAGCUCUAGCUAUCAGUUUCGGUUGAAUCUUCAGAACUAGUACACUUGUCAAGCACACGAAAUGGCAUUCAAAUUUGCUGCUCUGUUCGCUGUCCUAGCUGUAGCUAGCGCGGGAGUCAUUCCAAUCGAAGAAGUACAUACCGCUUAUCAACCAGCGGCAUACUCGACACAUUUGGCGCAACCUGCCGUACUCAAAACCAUAGCCCAACCUGCCAUCGUCAAAACUAUUGCUCAACCCACGAUUGUCAAGACCAUCGCCCAACCGACGCUCGUUAAGCACAUCGAUGAGGAUCACGAUGCCCAGUACGAUUUCUCCUAUGGCGUUCACGAUGACCAUACCGGAGACAUUAAGGAGCAGCGUGAGUCCCGUCAUGGAGACCAAGUGCAUGGCCAGUACAGCCUGAUCGAUUCUGAUGGCCACAAGCGCACCGUCGAAUACACCGCCGAUGAUCAUAAUGGAUUCAAUGCUGUCGUUCAUCGCGAACCCACCGACAUCAAAAUUCCGCAGCCGGCCGUCCACAAGAUUAUUGCUCAGCCUGCUAAAAUCAUUGCUGCCCAGCCAGCUUACUACCAGUCUGCUCCAGCGGUUGUCAAAACCGUUGGACUCUCCCAUUACUAGAAUGAGAGUGUAACAGAUUUUACGGAACGCUACUACCAUUAAACUCUCUAGAAAGUGUACUUUAAAUAUUUUUGCCACUCGCCUUGUCUCCGUCGUACGACACUACUUUUAAGCUCCUUAGAUU